CGAAAGGAAAAGUUGUCUAAUUUGGGAUGAAAGUCACUAUGCAGGAAAAAAGUUUUUUUUUUUUCUUUUUACUUCUGGCUGUGACAACAAACCAGAUAGUAAAUGGGCAAAACAGAAAGAAAGGAAAGAAUACUUACUCUCCUGUGCAAAAAGAUGAAGGGCAGUGGUAGCAAAGGGGAAAAAGGUGAGCCAGGACCAAAAGGAAACAAGGACGAUACUCAAAAAGGAGAUCCUGGAGAAAAAGGUGAAGAGGGCAACAGAGGGCAGUGUGGACCCCCAGGAAUAAAAGGAGAAAGAGGUUUGGAAGGUCCUUCAGGCCCUAGGGGACUUCGGGGACCUCAGGGUAUCAGUGGACCUCCAGGUGAGCCGGGCCCUAAAGGCAUUCAAGGAAGAAAGGCAACAGUUUCAUUUGAAGAUUCAUAGAAGAAAAUUUAGUUAUGGG